UUUGGUAUGAUAAUGUGGGAAUUAAUAGUUGGAAAAGCCCCGUUCGCUGAUCGUGCACAUGAUGAGGAAUUAGCAACAGAAAUUUGUAAGAAAGGAUUACGACCGGAAAUUCCAUCUGAUAUUCCCGAAUGUUUUAUCAACCUUUUAAGACAAUGUUGGGAUUCAAAUCCAUUUAAACGACCUUGCGCUAACAUAUUACGUGAAACAAUACAUGAAUGGAUUUCAUCAAAUCCUUCAUCAGAAAUUUCAAUCCAAUUUCAACAAUCAGAAGAAAAACGUCUCGAAAAUGUAAAGACGACAAAUUCUAAUGAUGAUGUUCAUCCAGAAGCUGUAUACACUAAUAGAUCCUUCAGUUUCGAAAAUCUUAUUGAACCAAAUGUAACAUUCACCAAAUCUGUUAAUCCCAAAGAACAUUUAGCAUUACAACAAUAUAUUGCUAACGAAACUAAAUUUUAUCAUCUUAAAAUUAAAAGUUUAAAAGCAGAAAAUAGUGAUACAGCUGCUGAGAUUUAUGAUAUAUUACAAUAUUGGUAACGAAUAUACUACAAUAAUUAAUUUUUAAAUAUA